AUGAACUGGCAUGAAAAGUUCAAUCAUUAUACCCGAAUAGGAAAUCUCCUCUUCGGGAGAAAAGAACACAUCUCUCAAAAAAGAAACGCCGCAUCUAAAGGCUGUUUUCCUCCACUGUUCGUCUCUGCGUACGGGCGCGCGAACGCGCCCCACCUUCCUAGACAGGAAAUUCCUAAACAAAAAAGAAACCACGAUGACGAAAAAAGAAGAAAAGAAACACAAAAUAGUUUCCACUUUCGCCCCCGCUACCUGGCCUUUACCCUCCUCCGCCAAAUCUCUCCGUCCGCGUCUAAGCAAGGUGGAUGGAUUCGUCAAGUUCGCGCCCAAUUCGUUUCGCAUUUGAAUCUGGAACGAAAUGAAACGGAAACGAAACGAGAUCUGUGGCUACACAAUAAUAAACGCUACAGCUCGCGGAUCUUCGCAGGCGGUGCAGGCAGCGCAGCGCAAGUCGCGAAAGUUCUUUUUAAGUCACCGACUGACGAGACGGGGACUAUGCAUCUCAUGGCCCAUUAG